UUGACUUCUUAAUUGACCCCGAAAGCAGCCCCCAAGGCGAGGUCUCGGCCCCUGAGAAGAACGCCGCCGCGACUCCACCAAGGGCUUACGUGCAGCGAGUGGCCUGGCAGUGAGCCCUGGGGACAGGCAACCCGGCGGGAUGGAAAUAAGCGACACCAGUAAAGGCCAGCGUUUAUUCAGCGCUUUCUGUGUUAAGUCCUCAAAGCACUCCUGUGGUUGCUCCCAUUUUGCAGAGGGGGAAAGUUACCGCUGUGUAAACGCUGUAGAAGUUGAGUAGUGAGGAGAGCGCGAGCAUCUCUCAAAUGGUGACCUCAAGGGCACAUAAUGUCGGUAGCUCGUUCAUCCGUCCACGCCAAAUGGAUCGUGGGGAAGGUGAUUGGGACAGCAAUGCAAAAAACUGCUAAAGUGAGAGUGACCAGGCUUGUUCUGGAUCCCUACUUGUUAAAGUAUUUUAAUAAGCGAAAAACCUACUUUGCUCACGAUGCCCUUCAGCAGUGCACAGUUGGAGAUAUUGUGCUUCUCAAAGCUUUACCUGUUCCACGAACAAAGCAUGUGAAACAUGAACUGGCUGAGAUUGUUUUCAAAGUUGGAAAAGUCAUAGAUCCAGUGACAGGAAAACCUUGUGCAGGAACCACCUACCUGGAGAGUCCAGUCAGUUUGGAAACCACCCACCUAACCAAAAAUAUGGAAGCACUCAAUAUCUCUUCAACACAGUGAAGGAGGACUGGAAGAAGGAGUCAAAAGGAAUGAUUUACACAUUUGCUUUAUGGAAAAAGGAAUUUUUCUAAGUUUUAACACAAGCUGUGUCCAAGUUUUCUUGUGGUAUUUAUGAAAUAGCUUAAAGUAAAAGCCUUGUAUAAUUUUUCAUAAAGGU